AUGAAUGUGAAGCUGGCUGUGCAGGUUCUUUCCAAAUCAGUAGCUGAUGGUCUUCAUCGAUACCGGACAGAUGAGAACGAGGAAUUGUCUGCAAAAUUUUCUGGUACAGAACCAUUGGAGAAGCUUAUUAGACUACUGGAUGAAUCUUUUGACGUUAUGAAUGCAAGGUGUCCCAUUGAUGGAAUUACAGAGAGGAAUUGGAAUGGAGAAUGUGGACGACGAGCAGUACUAUCAAAUUUAUUCAAGUGUAUCGAGGAAACGGAAGAAGCCGCUUGUGGCAUAUUACCAGACAAUUUAUUGGAAGAUGAAGUACUGUUGCAAGAUACAACAAACGUUGGCCCUCAAGAUAUUAACAUGGCGAAACACGCUGAAGAAACUGUCAUUGAUUUAGAAUGCUUUUCGUGGAAUUAUGCAGUAUGCAAUGCGGAUAGUGAUCCUGUAGUGAAGUCUACAGAAGGAAAUUCUACGGAAGAUACUAUUUAUGAGCCUUUUCUCUCUAAAGUAACUCUUGACAGUCUCAGGGUUACGAUACUAAGCACCAUUGACGUUGUUGAACUUCUGUUCCAAGACAAGUACAAAUACGUCCUGACAGGAAAAUUUAAUCAGGAUUGUAUCGAGCGUUUCUUUGGCAUCAUAAGAAUGAGCGGCAGAUGUGGCGAUAAACCAACAGCCACGUCCUUCUUGGAACUAUUUCGGCUUUUCUCGCUCUAUUAUCCAACAAAGCAUAUUUUGCGCGGUUCAAAUUGUGAUGAUAAAGAAGAGCAACAAGUUUUGCUAACGUUUUACACUUCAUGGAUGAAACAACAAUUCAAAUGCAACAAACAAAAACUGAUAGAAAAGAAGAAGUAUUUCAAUGACAUUUUAUUGAAGGGAAUCACUCGCGAAAUUCAACUUUAA